UCACCAUCAUCACCGCCGGGCGGCAGCCGGAGCCGGAGGAGCGCCUUCAGCACCCGCAGACUCCCAGAUGUUUGUCCGGCGCUCCCGAUGCUAAGAUGGCGAAGGAGAACUCCGCCUUCUCCACCAUCCCGGAGGCCCCGGCCUCGGACGCCAAAGGGCCACUCCCGGCCCGCCCGCUCAAGCCCGCCCUUGCCCGCCGCCUGGGCGAGGAGCCCGUGAAGGCGGAGAAGAAGCGGGGGCGCCAGAGGUAUGUGGAGAAAGACGGCAAGUGCAACGUCCAGCAUGGGAACGUGCGGGAGACCUACCGCUACCUGACGGACAUCUUCACCACCCUGGUGGACCUGAAGUGGCGCUUCAGCCUGCUGGUCUUCGUCCUGGCCUACGCCACCACCUGGCUCUUCUUCGGCCUCAUCUGGUGGUUCAUCGCCUACUGCCGGGGGGACCUGGACCACCUCGGGGACGACGCCUGGACCCCCUGCGUCAACAACCUCAACGGAUUCGUCUCCGCUUUCCUCUUCUCCAUCGAGACGGAAACCACCAUCGGCUACGGGCACCGGGUCAUCACCGACAAGUGCCCUGAGGGCAUCAUCCUCCUCUUGCUCCAAGCCAUCCUGGGCUCCAUGGUCAAUGCCUUCAUGGUCGGCUGCAUGUUCGUCAAGAUCUCCCAGCCCAACAAGCGGGCCGAGACCCUGGUCUUCUCCUCCCACGCGGUGAUCUCCCUGCGGGACGACCGCCUGUGCCUCAUGUUCCGGGUGGGGGACCUCCGCAACUCCCACAUCGUGGAGGCCUCGAUCCGGGCCAAGCUCAUCAAGUCCAAGCAGACCCAGGAAGGGGAGUUCAUCCCCCUCAACCAGACGGACAUCAACGUGGGCUUCGAGACGGGCGACGACCGCCUUUUCCUGGUCUCGCCCCUCAUCAUCAGCCACGAAAUCAACGAGCACAGCCCCUUCUGGGAGGUCUCCCGGGAGCAGCUGCGGAAGGACGAGUUCGAGAUCGUCGUGAUCUUGGAAGGGAUGGUGGAGGCCACAGGGAUGACGUGCCAAGCCCGCAGCUCUUACCUGGUGGACGAGGUGCUCUGGGGCCACCGCUUCAUGUCCGUCCUUUCCCUGGAAGACGGCUUCUACGAGGUGGACUAUAACAGCUUCCAUCAGACUUUCGAAGUCCCCACGCCCAGCUGCAGCGCCCGGGAACUUUCUGAGGCGGCUGCCCGCAUGGAUGCCCACCUCUACUGGUCCAUCCCCAGCCAGCUGGACGAGAAAGUGGAAGAGGGGACGGAGAAGGGAGAGGAGAAGGACGAGGGGGAGAAGGACAAGGAGGAGGGAGAGGAGGAGGAGGAGGAGGAGGAGAAGGAGAAGAAGAACGGGAACCUCACCAGCACGGAGAGCGAGUCCAAGGUCUAGCCGGAGGAGCCGAAGCGAGCCAAGAAAGCCAGAGGACCCCAAACUGGACGUGGGCGGCCUCGCUGAGAAGAGCCGGAUCAAGAGGGGAGGAAGGCAGGAAGGGCAGGGACGCCGGACUGGGAAAACCCAGGAGCCCCAGCACAGGCCGGACGUCCCGCUGGCCAGUGAACGGAUGGCAGCAUUUCCGGAAGGGCACCCGAGUCCAAACCCUGCCAAAGCAGCUGGUGGUGGAGGGAGGAUAGGAGACAGAGAGAAAACUGGGGAGUGACGUUAAAGGCGCCCCUAAGCAUACGUACACUCCCCCCUGUAUAAAUGCAGGCCAAGAGGCCACAAACGCGGGUGACAAAUAAAGGGAUAAUCAUGGAAUUCGAAGGCUAGUUCCCUGGACACGCUUCAGCUCCACGUUAGCCAGAGGGAGGCGAUCCUCUGUUUGGAGCGGUGGGUGAUGAUGGGUGGAGGGAAGAGCCACGGAGCAGCGGCAGCUCUAUGGGAGAGAGAAGGGGGGGGCCCGAAGGGGACGGGUGUCGGAAUGGGGCAGGUGUCCCCUCGGAGGCUCCCGAUCCUGUUCCUGCCGCUACGGCAGUCGGCCUUUCCAUGCAUCCUCCUCAAUCCUCCUGCUUCCUCUUUCUCCCCCCACCCUCUAUCUUCCCCUCCCUCUUAAAUAAACAACAACCACAACCCAAAAAUGGCUUUGAGAGGGCUCAAAGGGUGGCCUUUGUCAGCGCGGUCUCUUGGUUUCCUGCAUGGACCUAUUUGGAGAUUAGAACCCCCACCCGCAAAGGAAGGGGCCCAGCAGAAAGAUGGUUUAAAAGAAAACAAAAACCCAAAGGCAAACCCGACAUUAUCUCCUCUCUGUGCUGCUUAGGAACUUGCUGGAAUCAGAUAAGGGAAGCUUCCUUCCAGGGGAGGGCAAGUUGGCGCUUCAUCCAGUCCUCCUCCCGCAGAGGUAUUUUAGAAAA